AUGUCCCGCCGAGCACCACCCCGCGACUACGACGAGGAAGAUGAUCUCUACGAAAUGGAACGAGAGCGCGAGCGACGCCACAGGCCGCGCCGACGAGAUCGCGACUACUCGGAAGAUGAAUAUCUUCAUCGGACGUCCGAGCCCCUAGUCGAGGAUAUGGAGCGUAUGCAUAUUCGAGAACGUCCCAGGCGAGACUUCAUAGAAGAGAGCUUUACUCCAUCACGAGCACGGGAGGUAGAUAUAGUCCCACCCGAGCGAUCUAUGCCUCUAGACCGCGAUGAUGCCUACAUGCGGCCAUCUAGGUCCCGGCCCAGACCUCGUCCCCGUGAAGUAGACGAGGAGGAGUUUAUUUUUGAAGAGCAAGAAAAACGCCGUGGCAGUCGACGUCAUCCGCGAGAAGUUGACGAGGAUUUGCUUUUCGAGGAGAGAGAAAGGCGUGGAGAUAGGAGACAUCGUCCUGAACGGGAGCGAGAAGUCGAAGACGAUCUUUUCAUCGACGAAAGGGAAAGACGUCGAGAUAGAAGACACCGCCCAGAGCGAGCUCCAGAAGAGGAUCUUGUGUUUGAGGAAAGAAUAAGGGAAAGAGAGAGUGGUAGGAGGCGUCGGCCAGAGCCAGAAUUCGAGGAGGACGAUGAACGCAUCGUCGAGCGGGAAAGACGCCACGGAAGUAGGCGCCAUCCUCGGGAAUUCGAAGAGGAAAAAUUGAUUGUUGAAGACAGAGAAAUACACAGGGGGAGCAGGCGUCACCCUGAACGAAGGCCUGAGGAUGAUCUUCUCUUUGAGGAGAUAGAAAAGGAAAAACGCCACCGCAGGAGACGUCCAGAAAGAGAAUCUGAAGAGGACAUAUUAGUUGAUGAGAGGGGAAAACAUGCAGGAAGAAGACACCGCUCAGAGCGCGAAUUUGAGGAAGAGGAAAUGGUAAUGCGGCGGAAAGAAAGGGAAGAACCUCCUUUACGUCGUGGAUGGGACAGCGAACUUGACAUUCGAUCACGUGGAAGGAGAUUGGAGUUUGAGGAAGAGGAAAAAUAUCAUCGACCACAGCCGCGGGCUCCGCCGGCCCCAAAGGUUGAGGUGGAAGAAGUUCUCCAUGACACUGCGCUCCCAGAGCGACGCCGAGGACCAAUCGAUAUUCCAGCCAGAGAAUUUGAAGAAGACGUGGUCAUCCGACGGAAGGACAAAGCACCACAACCAGUCGACCGUGUUGAUGAGGAGGAAAUCCUUAUACGCGACAGACGUGAAAAACGACGCAGUGUACCAUCGGAGGAUCUAGAACGCGAAUUAAGAGGUCUUCGACGAGAGGUCAGGGAAAAAAUCCCUCUGGAUGAAGAGCUUAAGGUGCGCACGCAAUUUAACUCCAAGUCACGCUCCCGAGAUCUUGAAGAGGUGAGGGAAGAGAUUAGUAUUCGGAAAACAAAGGAAAAGCUCCCAUCCCGCCAGCCUUCGCCUUCGCCUUCUUUGGAUUCGAUACAUGUGCCUCCGAUCCACCAAGAAGUGUUUACCCACCAUAGACACAUUGACCAUGGGUUUAAAGGCACCCAUACACCUCGUGUGCGCAGUCCGGAACUGCGGUCCCAGAGAAGUAGUUUUGAUGAGAUUGACAUUCGUCAUCGGAAAAUGCGAGGUGGACGAGUUUCAGAGGAAAAGAUACUGCUCAAGCACAGUGACAGUGAAGAAUCUCUUACUCCAGAAGACUCAAUAUCUCCAACUAGCGGCCCAGCCCUCGAUUUCAAAGACCCAUGGGCGCGGGAAAGAAUAUCCGCAACUCGCCGUCGACUCAAGUCACUAGACGACGAAAGCGAGUUAGAUUACAGCCAUGAAAUAAGGCAUGCCCCUUCCAUGCGUCACGUGGAAGAGGAUAUAAUGAUCGAGAGCGCCCAGAUAGUGGACGCGGCCCCCAAAGGCAUAGACGACUGGUCUGUGGUGCAUGCUCCGUCCCAGGAGGAAGCCAUUGAGAUGACCGGAGCUCUGGAUGCCGUUGAGGUCAAACCGCGUUAUGCACCAGUGGAUGAAGUGGAAGUGGAAGUGGAAGUGGAAGUGGAAGUGGGACGGGUUGCCCAGAAGAUCACGGAGCCGAAGGAGACACGAAAUGAUCGGUGGACUGAAAUAUCGAAGAAGUUGAUAGUGAGGGAAGCUAUUGAACGUAUGGGAUUUGAGUAUGAAGAGACGAGAACGUGCUAUUACAUAUUUUCGUACCUCAAGGCGGAUGAUAUAGAUGAGCUCAUCGAAUUGUCCGAUGAGAUCCGAAGUGCUCGCCGCAGACGCAUUCGUGAUAUCCAGCGGGAGCGGUCCUCCGUCCCUGAUAUCACGCCCCAUAUGCGACCUCGUGUGGGAAUGCCUCCGCGGGCACGGGUGAUAGAGAAGCGCAUGCGAGAUAUCCGAGAUCGAGAAUCAGGAGACCAAAACAAACGCUCUUCUCUCGUCAACCUGUCCACAGGAAAGCAUCGGAUUCUAACAACGUUCACCGUCUUUUCUGAUCCCAACUGCUUCCACGUGAUCAAGAUGUCAAACGCAUCUACAGGUACCAUACCGUCUGGAAGUUCCCCGGAACUAGAUCGUUCUCCGACGGUUGUUCGUGUAAAUGAUGAGGUGUUUAACAUCCCGUCCCCCCAGCGGAAGGUCAUCAUUCGCCGGCUCAAGAAAGCUCUUCUAGACCAACCAGUUCCCGCCCCAUUCUGGGCCGUUAUCCAGUUGUGCGACCUCGACAAGCUUGAAUACCUCAUACAACUGGCCUACUUUUCACUGAAAUUGAUGGAUAUUGUGGCUGACCUCACUUGUGGUCUUCCAUUCAAAUGGACGCUGAGACCAUCCCCCUUUCAACAGGCAGAUCCAGAAUACUCGCCUCCUGUUUUCAGCCCGCCGAAGCACCGUAGUUCCCCAGUCGCAAUCUACGCCGCCAGAGAACGAGAUGGAAAGAAGUGUGUCAUCACAGGCACCCGCAAGAUCUAUCAAACCGUUCCAAUCUUUCCAACCGGCCUAGUCACCUCCCGCUUGCAGGAUAACCCGACUUCUCCUACCAUUUGGAGAUUCGCGGAUAUGUUCUGGGGACGGAUCACAACCCAGAAAUGGAGAAAGGCCGCUUUUAACAACCCAAUCCAGCCCGACAGCCCUGUCAAUGAUUGCUCUAACCUGAUCUGCCUUCGGAGAGACCUUCGGUCUGCAUGGACAUCUGGUUUGUUUGCCCUGCGUCCCGCCUGGAUCAAUGAGGAGGAGACCGAAAUUGAAAUUGAGUUCUAUUGGCAGCCCAAGCUAGACCACAAGGUCUACGACGUGGUUGAGCUGACCAAGCAGCCUCCCUCUAGCAAGAACGUCAACAGCGUGGAUAAACUGGUUGUGGUUCCCGGAGUGCGAGGUGAACCAACUUACCGCCCCAUUGUGUCCGGCUACCGCUUUAAGAUGACAACGGAUGACCCCAUCGAGCGACCGCUUCCGAGCUUCGACUUGCUGGACAUGCAGUGGCAUUUCAAUCGAAUGCUCGCCUUAUCCGGCGCAUCCAGUUUCUUUGAAGAUGAUUAUGAGGAUGAAGACGACAACAGAUCAGACGUGACUACCCAAUCAAAGCAGCCUUCCGACCUAGACGAAGAGGAAAUUUUGGCUUGGGUGAAAUCUUCUAUUUCAACGGAUUCCUCUCCCGAAUCAGACUUCGUAGAGGACAUUGGUGCAGCGAUGAUCGGCCCUCUUCCAGGACUUGAGGCCAACACCGACCGACUGCGCAGUGUUAGCCAGGGUUCGAGGGGUUCUGCGAGAUCAGCGGGAUCACCAGGUUCGGCAGGCUCAGUGGGUUCAACGGGUGCAGAGAGUUCAGCCGAUAUGCUUGAUGUGAUCUCUGGAACUGGCCAUCUAUCCCUUGACUUCGAAGGCAAUUAA